AUUCCUUCCUUCUAUUCUGGCCAGAUUCCUUUCUGGCACUAAUUCUUGUUUGUCCAAAGUCUGGGUUUUUUUUAGCGUCCCGUUCAAACGUUUGAUCCAAGGACAAAGCAGCUUUUCUGCUGGAGGGUUGCUAAAAAUACUGGAGUCUUGCCUUAACGUUGGCACAUUUGCUGGCAGGAAGCGUUCACCUGUGUCUCCAACUCCCUUGUAAAAACAGGCCCUUUGACCGGCUUGGGUGUCUUUCUGGCUGAGCUUAUCUGGGUGCCCGCGAGCGCGCCAAAUGAGACGCAGUUGAAAAGCCAAGCCUCUUCCUGUGUGGUUUCGCCUUCUUGACGGUGCAAGUUGCCAUAGACAAAGCACGCUGUGACUAAUGAACACGUGAAAACGGUUAGCCUGGAAACACAGUUUUGGGGGAACCUUGAAAGGUCAUCUAGUCCAACCUUUGCCAACUGUCUGGGGUUGCAGUUCCCAGAAUGCCCCAGGGAACUGGCUGGGGGUUAUGCGGGCAAAGGCCGGUCCACCUGCGGGUGCCAGUUUGCGAAAGGCUGGAUUAGCCCGUCGCGUAAAGCAGCCAACCACGGAGUCAUCCCGCGAAACUUGGCAGCACGUUCGAAGCUCCUCCGUGCCCACGCGCUCUAAAGGCCUCGUUUCCUUGUCACGCCAGGCUUGUGCCAGAUGGCAACUCCCGCCACGGUGGCAGGAUCCAUCCCCACGGGGCCAGAGACGCCUCCCUUCUCAGAACUGACGGGCGUCUCGCUCGGUGACGUUUGGGUGGCCACCUCUUCGCCAAGCGCCAAGAACCAGCCCAGGCAGCCUGCGGAGGAGGCGGAGGAGGCGGAAGCCGAGAUGUCACGAGCCAAAGGGGGAUUCAGUACGGGGCCGGUGUGGACCACCAAGCGCGACGGGGAAGUCAGGCUGCGGGUGGACGAGAGCGGCAUCGGCUCUGAGCUGCCCAUCACUGUCCACGAGCUCUUCCUGGCCUCCGUGAACAAGUACGGCGACUUCCCGGCGCUGGCUUCAAAGAAGCAGGGACAGUGGACCACGCUGACCUACCGGCAGUACUACGAGCAGUGCCGCAAGGCGGCCAAAAGCUUCCUCAAGCUGGGCCUGGCACGUUUCCACAGCGUUGGCAUCCUGGGCUUCAACUCGCUGGAGUGGUUCCUUGCCGACGUUGGAGCCAUUUUUGCAGGGGGGUUUGCGGUUGGCAUCUAUACUACCAACUCCCCCGAGGCCUGCCACUACGUCGCGGAGAACUGUGGGGCCAACAUCAUUGUGGUGGAGAAUGACAAGCAGCUCCAGAAGAUCCUGGAGAUAGAGAAGAAGUUGCCUCUCCUGAAAGCCAUCAUCCAGUACAGUGGGGAGAUCAAAGAGAAGAGGCCGAAUCUCUACAGCUGGGACGAGUUCAUGGCCCUGGGCAGCUCCGUCCCGGAUGAGCAGCUGGAUAAGAUCCUUGCCAGCCUGAAGGCCAACCAGUGCUGCACCAUCAUCUACACUUCAGGGACGACGGGCAACCCCAAGGGAGUGAUGCUCAGCCACGACAACAUCACAUGGACGGCCAGGGCUUCCGGGGAGUACGUGGGCCUGAAGACGGCCUUGGAGGACCAGGAGAGCGUGGUCAGCUACCUUCCGCUGAGCCACAUUGCCGCGCAGAUGAUCGACAUCUGGCUGCCCAUCACCUUUGGCGUGCAAACAUUCUUCGCUGACCCCGAUGCUCUCAAGGGCAGCCUGGUGGACACCCUCCGGGAAGUGAGACCCACAGCUUUCAUGGGCGUCCCCCGCGUGUGGGAGAAGAUGCAGGAGCGGAUGAAAUCCGUCGGGGCCAAGUCCUCCACACUGAAGAAGAAGAUCGCCUUCUGGGCCAAGGCGGUCGGGCUGGAGACAAACCUGAAGCGCAUGAACGGGUGCACCGAACUCCCGAUGAGCUACCGGCUGGCCAAGGCACUCAUUUAUACAAAAAUCCGGAAAGCCCUGGGCCUGGACCGCUGCAACAAAUGCUACACAGGGGCAGCCCCAAUCACAAAGGACACCUUGGAAUACUUUCUCAGCCUGGACAUUGUGGUCUACGAGCUUUACGGCAUGAGCGAAAGCUCCGGUCCUCAUACUGUUUCUCAUCCAGAGUCAUACAGGAUGACAAGCUGUGGCAGGGAGAUCACAGGCUGCAAGACCAUGCUUUUCAAGCCUGACCACGACGGAGUCGGCGAGGUCUGCUUCGGCGGGCGCCAUAUCUUCAUGGGCUACCUGAACAUGGAUGACAAGACGAAAGAGGCAAUCGAUGCCGAGGGCUGGCUCCAUUCCGGAGAUCUGGGUCGAUACGACGAGGAUGGCUUCCUCUACAUCACGGGGAGGAUCAAAGAGCUAAUCAUCACCGCGGGGGGAGAGAAUAUUCCUCCAAUCCCGAUCGAAGAUGCUAUCAAAGAGGCAGUCCCCAUUCUUAGCAACGUCAUGUUGGUGGGAGACAAAGCCAAGUACCUCGUCAUGCUGAUGACCAUUAAGAGCAAGGUGAACUUAGAAACGGGGCUGUCGGAGGAUGAGCUGACGCCAGAAGCCAUUGAGUUCUGCCAAAAACUGGGCAGCAAAUCCACUAAAGUCUCUGACAUUGUGGGGAACAAAGACGUGGCUGUGUAUACCGCCAUCCAGAAGGGGGUCUUGAAAGUCAACGAGCAUGCCACCUCCAAUGCACAGAAAAUCCAGAAAUGGGUCCUCUUGGACAAGGACUUUUCCAUCCAGGGAGGAGAGCUAGGCCCAACAAUGAAGCUGAAGAGGCCAGUAGUAGUCAAGAUGUACCAAGACCAGAUACAGCAACUCUACUCAGAAGCAUCAAACACCAAUAACUUCUGAACGGGGAUGGCCUUAUCUCAGCCUGCCUCUAUUAGAAGUCCGGCGUCUUCACAGGAUUCUUUUCUCAGAUGAGGUGCAUCAUCUCUUCCUUGAUAGAUGAGGUUUUCAAAUAAAGGCGGCUUCCUGUCCUUGGCCGUCGUUUUCUCUUGCCCUCCCCCAAGCCAGGAUCCUCCUCUGCACUUUGGACUCUUUUUGUGCUGGUCGGAAGUGUCCGGAAGACCCUCCCUGGCUGUUUGACCCCCAUGUACAUCUUCCCGAAAUGAACCUACCAACCUCAGGGUUUGUCUCUCCAGGGGUGGGGUGGGGGGUCUCUAGCGAACCAAAGGAAAAUGUUGCGGCGAAGCCACAGACUGGGUGAACACUAUGUGUUCUUGUGGUGCAAUAUUGUAGUUCAUUGGGUGAGCCUUUGCAUGGAGCACUUUUUCUCCUUCCACAGAUGUCCGGUGUCAGCGUUGCACAUCUGGUAGAACACUUGUUCGUGCAAGGAAAUCUGGCAUACUUAGUCUUCUGCUUGUUUUUACCCGGGGUGUUUGUUUACAUAGUGAGGUUCAACUUGGGGUGCGCACAGCUCCCUUCAACAAGCAGGGCCUUUUCAGCAUCAAGCCUUGGGCAUCGCUUUGCCCCUCCUGUGCCACUAAGAUAGUCUGUUAAGUGGCUCGUGGGACUAAUUUCUCAGAGUUUCGAGGAAGAAGGAAGGGGCAGAAGAGUUCCUCUUCGCUUUGCCCACUCUGCUACGAGCAUCUUGGGAACAUGGUUGGAAACCUGGGUGAGCAUCAGUCUUGGAUUUAGUUCUUACGAUUCAGUCAGAGGUCAGCCUGCGCUUGCUGUUCUGCGUGAACACGAGACUUCGCCUCCAGCUGAAUUGUCAGGUGGGAGAUUAGGUUGGCCAGCUGUGUCCCCCCCCCCGCAAAUCUAUAUAAAAUUGCAAGUAUUGCUCCUGAUAAGAAAAUCACUCAGCUUAUCUAGAGGUGCCCUUGUAAAUAUCAGUCACUUUUGUGCAAAGAGUCUUGUUUAACUUGGUGUUUCGUAAGAAUUACAGUGUAGGUGAGGAGGCCUUGAGCAAACGGGGAGGGAUGUCUAAAGAUUGUGUGGGGUGGAAUUAUGGACUGUAACUUUUAAGAGUGUGAGCGUGAACUCAAUCACUUUUAACUUAUAGCAUAAACACUGAGGGCCACAUUGGAUAUGGGAAAAGGUUAAUAAGCCUGCUGUUUUCUUGGGAAGAUUGUUAAAUAAAUGUUGCAAUGGAGGGUCAUCUCUUUUCCCCAUAAAUGGAGUGCAGUAGUAAGAAGUUCCCUGUAAUUUAUGAUUUCACUGUGGCUAAGUCUUAAGGAAUCAAAUGUGCUAAUUUGUCCGUUUUUAUUAGGAGUUAUUUUUCUUGGUGUUUUCAAGGUUAUCGAAAACUGAUGGUCACCACAUAUUGUAACAAGGUCUGUAAGUUAAGGAUUUUAGCUAUUUGUAAAACGUGCAGAUUUUGUCUCAGAGCCUGGAAGUCUUCAUACUCCGUUUUCCUUGCAAAUGUAACCACAGUGAGCUUUUAAGUCAGCCUUCCCCAACUCAGCACUGCCCCAAAUUUUGGGGACCAGCUUCCUGAACUCCCAGCUUCUGCAAGCAGAGUCCCAGCAAAUCGGGAUGCAAAAGCUGGGGGAAGCGAUUUUAAGCUGAAAUUUUGGUUGUUGGCUGAGGCAGUUUUGGCUUUUUUCCACACAUCCGUUUAAGGGUAAGCUGUUCUUUAUGUGGUCCCAGGUUUGUAUAAGACCUUGUUGAAUCAUGUCAGGCCAGUGUUUCCGAAUAAAAAAGAUGCAAGCUUCA